AUGGCCUCAGUACACCCUCACCCGCUGAAGCAGCUUAGCGUCGACGAGACAAAUGUUGCUCGUGACUACACACUGAAGCUGCACGAGGGCGCAGUCCUCGAGUUUCGCGAGAUCUUUCUCGAGGAGCCUCCCAAGGCCGAGCUGAUCAAAUUCUUGGACCUUGAGCACUCGGGCCAACUAUCAGACAGCAGCCCGCGGCCACCACGUCUUGCAAAGGUUCAGUACGAUGUCAUUGGCGAGGGCAACAAAGUUCCAGUAUUCCACGAGUCAGUCAUCGAUCUGCGUACUGGAGAUCGAAUUUCCCACGAAGUCAUCAGCUCAGACUAUCAAGCUGCUUUGACAAUUCACGAAUUCAUGACAUUCAUCGAUGUAUGUCAAAAGUCACCUCUUUAUCAGUCCAAGGUUGCCAAGCUCAGACUACCGGAAGGCUUUGAGGUCGUGAUUGAGCCAUGGCCCUAUGGUGGUAUGGACGCCACUGAGGAGAGACGCCGCUACUUCCAGGGUCUACUAUUCGCACAGGACAAGCGCAGUGGAAACCCAGACUCAAACUUUUAUGCAUUCCCGCUGCCGCUGAUCCCCAUCAUGGACUGGGCCAAGAAGGAGAUUGUCAAGGUUUUGGAGCUGGCAACUGGCGGUAAGGGUGACAGUCUGACCGCAAGGACAGAAAAGGCAAAUGUGAUCGAUCACUGCAAAGCCAGCGAAUACAUACCCGAACUCCUACCUGAGGGCCCGAGAGAAGGUCUCAAGCCACUGCACGUCGUGCAACCUGAUGGUCCCAGCUUUACUGUGACAGAUGACAACUUGGUCGAAUGGCAAAACUGGCGUAUGCGCCUCAGCUUCAACACUAGGGAGGGCGCUGUCCUUCACGAUGUGACAUACCAAGGCCGCCCCAUCAUUCACCGAUUGAGUUUGAGUGAAAUGACCGUUCCUUACGCCGAUCCAAGAGAACCAUACCACAGGAAGCAGGCUUUUGACUUUGGCGAUGGCGGAGCCGGCAACUGUGCGAACAACUUGACCCUUGGAUGUGACUGUUUGGGUGUGAUCAGGUACUUUGAUGGUGUUACCACUGGACCCGAUGGAACCGGCGAGGUCGCCAAGAAUGUUGUAUGUCUGCAUGAGCAAGACAACGGUAUUGGUUGGAAGCACACCAACUGGAGAACUGGCCGCGCUGUCGUCACCAGACGCCGCGAACUUGUUUUCCAGUUCAUCAUUACUUUGGCAAAUUAUGAGUACGCCUUUUACUACAUUCUCGACCAAGCCGGCGCCAUCACGGUCCAGGUUCGAGCAACUGGUAUUGUCUCCGUCGUGAACAUCGACGAAGGCAAGCAGAGCCAAUACGGAAAGAUUGUCAGCCCUGGAGCUCUGGCACAAAACCACCAGCACAUAUUCUGCGUCAGAAUCGACCCCAGUAUCGACGGUCACAAGAACACCGUGGUGCAGGAGGAGAGCUUGCCGGUGCCGAUGAACCCAGAGACGAACCCCAUGGGUAAUUAUUACGAGGUCGUACAGACCCCGAUCAAGACGUCGGCUGGUAUUGACGCCGAUCCUUCAAGGCAUCGCCUGUUCAAGAUCCAAAACCGCAACAAAUUGAAUCCUGUUAGCGGAACACCCGUUGGAUACAAGAUUGUACCACCAGCGACGCAAUUACUGCUCGCAGACCCCAACUGCAUUCAGUCGAAGCGCGCCGAGUUCGCAAAGCACCACUUGUGGGUGACAAAGCACAAGGACAACGAGUUCUACGCCGGAGGACGCUUCACUCUUCAGAGCACGAGAGAAUCAGAGGGUCUAGGUGAUGCUGCGGCGAGAGGUGAGAAUGUCGAGGACGAAGAUAUCGUCGUCUGGAGCUCCUUUGGUCUCACCCACAAUCCUCGUGUCGAGGACUGGCCGGUAAUGCCGGUUGAAAUGCUGGAGCUGCACAUCACGCCAAGUGAUUUCUUCACCAAGAACCCUGCUAUCGAUGUGCCGUCGAAUAAGGACUUGGUGUCGAAAUUGGCGAACGGGUGUUGUGAGAAGCAGGAGCUUCCCGUGAGAUCGUCGCUGUGA